AAAUUAGCAAGUAGAGUGGAUGCAGGAGGAAUCCCUGACGCCUUUAAAGUGCGAAUGUUUUUAAAUGGAUUGAAUAAAGAGCUAGCAACCUUGGUAGCUAUUCAAAAUCCUAAUACAUUAGAUGCUGCAAUCACUCAAGCGAAAACUGUUGAAGCAGGAAGAUAUUAUGCCACAGAACAUGAUUUUAGCAAGCCAAAAGUUGAGGACGACCUUGAAAAAUUAACUAAGCA